ACUUACUAAACGAGAAUCUUUCAGAAGAAAAAGUAAACGAAUACGUAUGCACUAUUAAGUCUGAUCAAGUCAUAAAAUUAAUAGUAAUAGAGUAUAUAAUGAGUGGACAUCUUAUUGACUACAAAAACAACACUCUAUUCUGCAAUCUAAGAAAGAUAAUAGAGAAUGUAUUCGAUCCAGUAGAGUAUAAAAAAAUGGAUCUGCAUACUCUUGUGUGUGAAGGAGUAAAACAGGACGAAAUACUUAGAAAACUAGCUUAUAUAUGGAUUGAUUAUAGUUCUAAUUGUACAUUUCAGCGAACUAAAGACUUGUGCAAAGACAUUGGUAUUGAGUAUUCUAAUUUUGAAAAAAUACAAUUUGAUAUCAUAGCUACUAACUGGAUGUAUGAAGGAGUUAUGGCGCCAUUAGUCAACUUGGGAGUGCCACUUGAUAUAUCAUACACGCAUCCUGCAUGGUAUGCGCUCAUGCGCUCUAAGUGCAUUAAUGACUUAGAUACUAAUGACAGUGAUAAUUACGAUCUACUUACUGAAGUAGAACGAAAUGAAUUUCUAUUUGCACCACAUGCGAUAAAAGUAACUGAUAACGAACUCGUAUGGGCAAAGUACAUGAAGGACUGCAUUAGGGCAUUUUUCUCGAGUUUCGUACAAGUCAUUGACAGAAGAGAUGAUAAUCGCAGAUAUUCCAAGCUAGUUUCUAAUUUUGCUAGAUAUUUAAGUGUUGGCUGCCCUAAGGAAGAAACAAAAAUAAAAUAUGACCCAUCUAUAUUCAACCAAAAAAAUGAGUCUUCUUAG